AUGCUUCAUAAUACUACUGUAGCAUAUGAAGAUAAUCCAAAUCAUAUGAUUAUUUGGCUAGAUGAGCAUAUUGGGCAACCUGACAGAUAUCAACACUUAAAAAAAGUAUUUUCAACUAGCGCUGAUCCCAAAAAUGAAACACCAGUGAAACUAUUUGAUAAAGACGUUACAGAGUUACUUAGGGUAGAAGGUCCUUUGCCAGUAAACUUUGAAGGUGUCUGGUUUUUAUUGGCAGCAUUCACAGAUAUUGAAAGCUGCAUCAAUUGUUUCGAACAAAACCAAGAUAAACGAAUUUUUUUUAUUACAUCAGGAUCAUUGGGAAAAGAUGCUGUACCGAUUAUUAUUGAAAGAUUUAGAGAAACAUUUACUGAUCCAGUUACUGAUCAACCAUACAUGUACAUUUAUGUUUUUUGUCAUAAUAUUUCAUCUCAAAUUGAUUGGGCGUUUGAAUACCGUGAUUAUAUCCACAUAUUCAAUUUCGAUGCAGAUCUAUUAAGUCGUAUGGUACAUGACAUUGGUGAUUAUUUUCUUACAGAAGGUAAACGUCUAUUAGAUGACAGUCCUCCCAAUAAUUCAGCUGCUUAUCAUCGUCUAAAUUGGGCGCGUAAGCUUUUUCACCGAUACAGCGAACUAGAAAAAGUCUCAAUGAAGAAAGAACUUGCUGAAGUCAAUCAACUUCGAGAAGAGGUGGAAGAAGAAUUAAAAUCAUCGUCCGAUGAAGAAUGA